AUGUGCAGGUGGUGCAGAUCCAAGGAAUCUACUUGGCGAUGUGAUGAUUGCUCGGGGUUUCCGGAGGGAUGUGAAGAGUGUUUCUCGGAGGCUCAUAAAUUCCAGCCUUUUCAUAAUGUACGGUCAUGGACAGGCACAUACUAUGAGCCCUCGUUCUUGUUCAGGGCUGGAUUGUUUAUCCACCUUGGUCAUGGUGGCUCGCCCUGCCCUGCUCCCAGACUCAAGAAGAAGGAAAAGAACACUUCCCAGAAACCAGAGAGACUUUCUUUUCAAAUUGGAAUGGCAAAGGCAUUCACAAGGGAGUAUCUACACCAUGAUCUCCACCACACUUAUCUGACUGUGGUCGAUUGUAACGGUCUUCAUCAAGUCCUUGUUGACUGGUGUCGGUGCAAGGAUAGGGAAGACGAAGAGGUCCAACUGCUGAAGUUUGGUUUGUGUCCUGCUACACCCUCCGCGCCGCGUACCGCCUUCACCUUUCGAGUCCUGGACGACUUUUUGCUUCAAAACAGGGAGUGCAAAGUCCCCGCCAUGAGCUAUUUUGCUCAGUUGCAAAGGAAGACACUUGACAUUGCACCUCAUGAAGUUCCCGGCAGAUAUAAAGAGCUUCUCCGCUGUGCAAGACAAUGGAGAUUGAUAAAGGCGCUGCGGGCACAUGGGCAUUCACUUGGCGGAACAACGGAGGCAGCAGAAGGCGGAACAACAACGACGGCGGAAGGCGGACAAGAUCUUCACCUAUCUCAAGGCGAUCUAGCUACAUCUUGCCCAGCCUGUCCCCGCCCUGGUAUUAACAUGUCAGAGGGAUGGGAGAAUGAUCCAGCCUGGUGGAAGCAUUCAGUUACCCUGUGCAUGGAUGGCAACUUCAAGGCGGAUCAUCUAAAGAUGAGGAAGGAAGAAACAGAUGUCAGCCUGACUGACGGUUCAGGCUUUAUGACAGAAAGCUCUGCAUAUGAAGCCCAUCUCAAAACCCAAUCAAACCAGAAGGAGAUAUCUACAUGCAAUGCACACCGCGCGGUUACACAGGCAAAUGAAUCUCGCGGAUUGCACAAGGACGUCACUGGGAUAGCCGCAGUUGCCUGUGGACGACAUGGCUUCUUUGUGCCUGGUACAAUUGUUAAUUUUCAGAAAGGGGAACGCUUUUGCAACAUUGACUGGGCACUGUACAUGGCCUUGCUUUGGUUCACUGGAAUUGCCCAAGUGUUUGUCCUUUACGAUAUUUGGUGCGUUUACGGAAAAAAGUUAUGGGACAGAUUUAGGUCAAGUAGUACCCUCAAAAUGCCCAAGGACGUGGUCAUCACGGGCGGCAUUGGGCAAUUUCAUGUCCACGGUCACAAAGACAAUUGCUUUGCAAGAUUUUCGCCUGCGUUCCUUCUGGGGGCGGGAUGGGUGGAUGGAGAAAUUCUUGAAACCUUGUGGUCUGCAUUAAAUGAAAUCAGCCGAAGUACCCGCUCCAUGACAACAUCUCACCGUAGAGAGGUACUUGACGACCAUAUGGAUGAUUCAAAUUGGAAGAAACUGGUCCGCCUUGCGAUGUCCUUGGUCGAAAAAUGGCGCCGGGCACUUGUUGAAUAUGACAUUUCGGUCGAAGUACUUGGCGGGCUGUCAGAAGUGGCGGGAGUGGAACAAGUGCAGAAAUGGACUAGCGAACUUGAAGAGGCGCAGAAAGAGCGGCUUACCAACGAAAAGGCCAUGGACCUGUUGACCAUCCAGGACGAUGAUGCUCCUUCCCAAGCCAGCAUCCAAGCAAAAUUGGCGGGGCAGGCUCCUGGACAAACUGAGUCUAUGACUGACAUUGAAUGGGUGGCAGACGGUAUAGAUAUUGAAGUACAACAAAUGCAGGUUGCCGAGCUGGUCCGCGAUGCAGAGACGCAUGGCACGGCCGCGGCGCAGAAGGCACGGGACGCACGGCGGGCUUUAGAGACGCGGCUCACGUUUUGGCUACGUCAAGCCCGAGUCUUCAUGGGGUCUCUGCUUGACGCAACUCCUGAUCGGAAGGAGCUGCAGGAGCAUCUCCAGCGAGCGGCCAAGCCGCGUCCUCCGCCAAUGAGCAACCCAAUAUCAUUGACUGACAUUGGUGACUCACCAGAGCAAUUUGUAUUGCCCCUUCCAUCCGCCUACGGAGCUGCAGCAUGUGCCCGCCAUCAGGUUGCGGACUUGGCCAAGUACGAGGGUGAGCUACGGGCGGGACAAAUGAAUGACGCUCUCAAUGAAGUCAAGCUGGAUAUCGCCCGGAAGGCCAUGAUGUAUGGUAACGAGAUCCGUGCAGCAAAGGGCAGCCAAGCAGCACAGACAAGAGCAAGAGCUAGAGUAGCGCGGGUCGAAGAUGAUCUUGACCGCCACGCCAACAUCUACCGUAAAGGAUGGGAGGCAGCAAUAAGCCUCAGCUGUCUCAAUGCUAAAUACGAAGAACUGCUGAGCAGCCACCUGAAAGCUAGUGCCGCAGAGCUAAACCCCGCCACAAGGGGUACAAGGAAUUCGCGUCUGCCAUGGCUAUGGCGGACUCAGCUCGAGAGGGGCGGAGGGCCAGAUAUUGCUGAUACAUAUUUUAUGACAGUUCAGCGAAUCACUUGGAUGCGUGAAAAGUGCCGCCUGGAUCGAUGGAGGGAAGAGAUUGAAAUCGUUGGGGAGGAGAUGGAGCGCGUUCCUCGGUACUUCCGAACGCGGGCUCAAGAGUGGGCUAAUCGAGUGGGAUCCUCAUCUGUUGGUACUGGCUACAAGGUCUGGGCUCGCAGCCAAGAAGCGAUGUGGGGAAACUUGGCGCGGAUGGCGGACAUAGCAUUUAAAGGCCGUCCACCCGCGCCGGUGCAUAUGUCCAUUCAAGAGGGUAAUACAUUCUCGCUAUAG